AUGGGGACCGUCGAGUGCGGUUUGAACGUUGAUAAGUGUUAUUGUCCCGGCUCCAUCUGCGGUUCGGUCUGGGUUGAGCUGUCGGAGAACGGCGCGCAUCCGUGCCCGACGUGCCCGUCGGUGUUUUCCAAUUCCCACGAAUUGACGAAUCAUCUGCGCGGCCACAACUCACCUCGUAGCACAGACUGUAGCGGCGAGGAGGAUUACAGCUGUGGCGUAUGCAAUAAGGUGCUUAGCUCAGCGAGCUCGCUGGACCGGCACGUGCUGGUGCACUCGGGCGAGCGGCCGUUCAAGUGCAAGUAUUGCGAUAUGUCGUUCACGACGAACGGCAACAUGAAUCGACACGUGAAGUGUACCCAUCGGAUGGUGUCACCGAACAGUUGCACGGACUCCGAGGGCAGUAGCGGCUCGGAGAGACCAGCGGCUACCAGCCAGGAUGAGUACAACAACAACAACGAAAUAGCCAGGCGAAAUUCGUCGGAUCUGAUCGACGAUCAGGAACAACCAUCGCCCAGCAACAACCGCGCGAAUAAACGGAAGUGCCCGGAGGAGGACGUCAGCGACGUAGAAGAUCAAAGGAGACAUAAGAUUCUCUUGAACAACAGAAUGCCGAUCAAGUACCGGCCGGAAGAGGAGCAGAAAGCCUUCGAUUGUCCGGUUUGCAGUCAGGAUUUUGCGAGUAGCGCGCUUCUCCAAUCGCAUAUGGAACGCGUGCAUCCGGGCUCCCUGGUCACAUGUGAGACGUGCAACGAGUCAUUCAAAAAUUAUCGUGUGCUGAACCUCCAUCGUACGAUGAAACACUACAAAAAGAACUCGGAGGGCAACAACAGCCGUAGCCUGCGCAACACCGUGGACGGUUUCAAAGAUUUAACAUUCAUCGACUUCUCAUCCAUCAAGUUCCCGACAAUCGCUCGGGCGAUGUGCGAACGUGAGCUGCACCGGCCAGCCUCCGGUGAGGUCAACAGGUUCCAGUGCAUGAAGUGUCUGCACGCGUUUCCGUGCAGGCAAGCCCAGCUGGCCCACGAGAAGGAAUGCAAGGGCCCCUACAAGAACAAAAGAAACAGCAACGACAACAAUAACAAUAACGAUAUCAGUACGAAUAACAAUCUCGAAGCGGAGCUAGACGAUCCGACUCCGCAGUCCGAGGAUCCCAAGACGAAGCGCGAGAUGUUCUUCGCCGUGUUAGAUCUGCAGAACAAGUCCUCGACGCAUGAGACGAAGGAGCCGCGGGAACCGAGCGAGACCGGAGACCUAGCGAAAGAGACCAAAGAUUUAGCGGAUAUCCCGAGUAUCCUGUCCGUCAGUUUAAACGGGUUACAAACCUUUCCUCGGUCGGAUGCCAGCACUCCCGAGAAUAACAUCAAGUUCAAUCCGAACAUUGGUUCUUCAGGCUCCUCGGGCACUUGCUCGUCCGAGUACAACGAGGAGGAAGCGCAGGAUGCCUUUACCGCGGAAUUCCGGAAGAUGAAACUGAAGGGUGAAUUUCCGUGUAGGUUAUGCAGAUCCGUAUUUCCCAAUCUACGAGCGCUGAAGGGGCACAAUCGCGCACACAUGAACGUGGAACCGGGUAUGCCGUAUCCGUGCAAUAUGUGCCCGUACACCAGCACCGACAAGGGAGCUUUGAUGAAACAUUUGAGAUCGCACAACGGCGAUCGGCCGUUCGAGUGCUCCCUCUGCAAUUAUGCGUUCACCACCAAAGCGAAUUGCGAGAGGCACGUGAAAAAUCGUCACGGGAUGAUCAGUAAGGAGGACGUCAAGAACGCGCUGAUCUAUCAUCCAAACGAGGAUUCGACCAACGACAAUAUCGAGAGGAGUUCGCCCAGGAUCGUCAGGGAAGAUGUGCGGAAGACGCUCGUUUAUCCGAAUGAACGCGAGGAGUCUUCCCAACAACAACAGAUACAUUAUCCUGUGACGAUGGAUCCUGGACCAUCGAAUGUCCGCGCCGAGAUACUGAUAAAUCGCUACGAGAAAACAGACGUGUUCCCCAGACCGACGAAGAUACAAGCUCUUAAUCUCAUAAAGAAAAGUGCCGACGAAGCAAACCUAUCUCACGAUCUGAUCAUGAAAUCUAAUUAUUCCAAGAUUGACGACGACAUUGAGUUGGGAUCGUCGGACGGCAGCGUGUCUCUAGUCAAUGAUACCAAAACGGAUACACACCAAAGAAUUCAAGCUAGUCCGAUGAACCUGUCGAAGCUCUCGACGAGCUCCGGAUUAAGCUCGGGGGAGGACGGUCCGUUGGAUCUGUCCAUGGAUGUGUUGGAUCUGAGCAGGAAACGAAAGAGGGACAAUGACGAUUCUGGCUUGCCGGAGGAGAAGCGAUUUAAGAGCAGCCAGGAAUUGUACGCCACGAAUCCAGCGUUACUGUUGACCCAAGCUCUGCUGAACAGAGCACGCGAGAACUCACCGACGACGUCGUUAGAGACUCUCUAUGCGAAUACCUUGUAUCGCAAUUUUGGUGCCACGUUAACGGGCGCCAGUAUGAUACCACCAUACUUCCUAAGCCCUCACAUGUUCGGUCAGGACUUGGCGACGAAGGGCAGGUUGCAGAAGGAGCUGGUCAGAGGUCUGCAACUGACCGGCGGCAGCACCCUUUCGGUGGACCCGUCGUUACCCAGCACCAGUUACGCGGCGUAUUCGCAAACGCGGGACACCACGCAAACAUCGAGCGAACAGAAUGCCUACGCGAAUCUGAUGAGCGCGCAGAUGAGCGCUAAUCAGACCACGACGAGCCGCGAGAAAACGGAUAAUAUCUCGUCGAACGAUCCCGUGAAAAUGGUACUCAAGAAUGGAGUGCUGAUCCCCAAGCAGAAGCAGCGCAGAUAUCGGACCGAGAGGCCUUUCACUUGCGAGCACUGCACGGCGAGGUUCACGCUGAGAAGCAAUAUGGAACGGCACAUCAAGCAGCAGCAUCCGCAGUAUUGGAGCCAAAGACCCCGCGGUGGACAUUCGACCAGAGGCAGACCACCUGCGAGCCAUCCGACUAUGGUGCAGACUCCUGGCCCGUCGACCUCGCAGGUAGCUCAACCGUAUUCGGGCAUUCUGCCGAAGGCCGUCGAUACGCCGGUGACAUCGACGGAAUAUGGCACGCAUUCCAUCUCGGAUCAAGUGAAAUACGCGAUCCUGGCGCAACAACUGAAGGCGAAUAAAAUGGACGACAAUGAUACGGACGAUGAGAUGGUGAUAGACGAAGAGUCGGCCGAUCGGGAUUCUCAGGAGUCGCAAGCUCAACGCGAACCUAGCACGAGCUUGCUGCGAGAUCAGCUGGAGAAUAGCGAGGGUGUCAAGGAUGUCGUCGUGAAAACGGAAGCAGUCGAGUCCGCGGAGGAGGCCUCGAAGGAGAUACACGGCGAACAAACUGCACGAAGUAACGGCGAUAAUCCGGAAGAAUCCACAGUUGCUGAAGGUAAGUCGGUACACGCUGAAGAAACGAUCAAAACUGAAUCUACCGAGCGAGAGCAGAGCAAACUAGAAGACGGAACGCCCGAUCUCGCGAGUGUCUCGAAACUCUUGGACAACGCGUCCCAGCAAUAUCAGCAAUUUCAGCCGCAAUACUUGAGUGAUGAGGAGGGUCCCGUUGCCUCGACCAGCGGCAACAAUUCCGGUAGCGAGAAGUCCGACUCCAUGAAUUCCUUGAAUUCCGGGAACGAUUCCUCGCCGAACAAAAAGAAGAAGAAGAAAAAGAAGUCCGCGUACUCGAUGGCGCCGAAUCGUGUCACAUGCCCAUACUGCGAACGCCAGUUCCCGUGGAGCUCGUCACUGAGACGACACAUCCUCACCCACACGGGCCAGAAGCCAUAUCAGUGCAUGCACUGCUCGCAUCACUUUACCACCAAGUCCAACUGCGAUCGCCAUCUGUUAAGGAAACACAAGGCAAAGGCGAACAAGAUGCGCCGUGCCAGGAACUCGUCCUCGCCAGACGUCCAGGUGGUCGCCAGCAGCAGCAGUAGCAACGGCAGCAAUACGUUUUCCAUGAGGAACGUGCCCGAGAGGCCGUUUAAAUGCCAUCAAUGCCCGAGCUCGACAUUCGCCACGUUGGGCAAUCUGAAGAAACACCGAUCGAGCAAGCACCGCAAGACCACGUCUAGAUCGGAGUCCAGCGAUCAGCAGAACAGUCCACCGCGGUGCGCCGCGCAGAACGAUCAGAGCGAUUACGAAAGCCAUUCGUCGAGCAUGUCCGACAAUUUGGAGAACUCGUCAUCCACCGUCGCGGCCACGAAGCCGAGUUGCAACGCAUCUCCUUCGAUAAACGACACCACCAGAUCGCGCAAGUCACCAAGAUUAUCGCCGAGUCCCGGUGACGUACCCUUCAAGUGUUAUCUGUGCGACAGCGGUUUCUCGGAACGCCAGGACUGCUUGGAUCACAUCAAGAUAAAUCACAAGCGCUCGUACGAGAUGCUAAAGGCCAAGGGCGCCCUCGAAAUGGCGUCUAUGAAUGUAGAUGCGACAGAAGAUCAAAUGUUAGCGUCGCAGCAGCAUCCUAGCGACGGUGAAGAAAAGAAAGGCCGUUUUCCCGACUACAGCAACAGAAAGGUUGUGUGCGCUUUUUGCAUGAGACGAUUUUGGUCCGCGGAAGAUCUUCGGCGUCACAUGAGGACCCAUACAGGCGAGAGGCCCUUCGAGUGCGAUAUCUGCACCAGGAAGUUCACGUUGAAGCACAGCAUGCUGCGCCACCGUAAGAAGCACGAAUCGGUGGAGUCCGCCAUGUACAUAGGCAAUAGCGGCGACGAGGAGAACUCGCCCGCACAACCGCCGACGAUAACCCCCAGAAGUCAGCAGCACUCGCCGAUCUCCACCAAUACCAGUAGACCCCGCACCCAGGAUAGAAUCUCCCUGCCGACCGUCGCGGCGGUUGCGACGGCGGACGCGGCACCCUGUGCCCUGAUGCGAUACAAUCACUACGAUAACAUGGCCACGCUCACCGGUAGAAUGGCGAACGAUGGUCCCCAGGGCGCCGCAUCCGCCGCCCUGCCUUCCCCGCCUCCCCCCGCGGAGAUACCCAGCGAGAGCGGUGACAACGACUUGAUCUCCAAUCUACUGGGAAUACGCGAGAAAGGUUUCCUCGAUAAGGUACUUCUAGGCACGGCCGAUGAUGCGGCGAAGUUGUUGGGUGUCAAGGACAGCGAGUGAUUAGGCCGUCGAUUGCGUAGGAGAGAGACGGAGACAAGCGGGAUGCGAUCAGAUCACAUGAAUCGCGCGAAUAAACGUAAAUCAAAUUAGGAAACUAAUGUUUUUUUGCGAUGUUAAAUAUGGGAGAUUUAGUUAAAACUAUUAAUAUUAAUCCAAUUACUUUUAAUAUCGGCAGACUAAAAAUAGA